UUGUAUAUGUAAAAUAUGUUCUCUCUCUCUGUCUAUAAAAGCAUAUCUGAGCAGCAAAUGAAGAAAGUGUCUACCAUGACUGACCCUAAUUUCUACUCCCAAGAAGAAGAAUGGCUGAAACUGAAUAACCCUAAUAUUCCUUCUCCUCCUCCUAACAAUAAUAAUUACUAUUAUGAAACUCCUCCUUUGAAAGAAGCCCUCCCACUCCUGAGUUUAUUAAGUCCUAUAAAACACGAUGAUGAUGAUGAUGAUGAAGGUUGUUGUAGUAUUAGUGAUUUGGACAAAAAAGGUAGAAGAGUAGAACACAUGGAUGAUAACUCAUGUACUAAAGAUGAUGAUGAAGAUGUUACAGUAGCACUUCAUAUAGGAUUACCAAACCCUAGUAGUGCUGAUUUGGCCUCUAUUAAUAAGGAUGAUGUUUCCAUUCCCAUGGCGAAUAUGAUAAACACAACUAGUACUAGUAGUAGUAGACAGUAUUGGAUUCCCACUCCUUCUCAGAUUCUUAUUGGUCCUACUCAAUUUUCAUGUCCUGUUUGCUUCAAGACCUUCAACAGAUACAAUAACAUGCAAAUGCAUAUGUGGGGGCAUGGAUCUCAAUACAGAAAAGGACCAGAAUCAUUACGUGGAACUCAACCAACAGGUAUGCUUAGGCUUCCUUGUUAUUGCUGCACACCUGGGUGUAGAAACAACAUUGAUCAUCCAAGAGCUAAACCAUUGAAAGAUUUUAGAACACUUCAAACACAUUACAAAAGAAAGCAUGGAAUUAAGCCCUUUAUGUGUAGAAAAUGUGGAAAGGCAUUUGCUGUUAGGGGAGAUUGGAGAACACAUGAAAAGAAUUGUGGCAAACUUUGGUACUGCAUUUGUGGUUCUGAUUUUAAACAUAAGAGAUCUCUUAAAGAUCAUAUUAAGGCUUUUGGUCAAGGACAUGGACCUUAUGGCAUUCAUAGCUUUGACGACGAUGACGAUGAUCCUGCAUCUGAAGUUGAACAAGAUAAUCCUCCUCAACACAUUGAUAUUGACCAUACGAGGAGGUGAGUUUGUUUAGCUAUUAUUAUAAUUAUUAAGUAAAACAAAAACAUUAGAUGUUAUAUUAUUUGCUUUGAGCUUGUACUAGCUACCUAGUUAUUUGGUACCUCAAUAUAAUAUAUAAUGUUGUAUUCACCUUUUUGAGUAA